AUGUUGUUCAAUGAGACCAUGUGCUGUAGUCUAAGGUUCGAUCAGAGUCCAAACUCCUCUCUCGACGUUUGCUCAAAACAUGCUAACGACACCAUGCUUCACAUCUGCAGUUUACACAAGUCGUGUAUCUUUCUUCCGUCCUCCAAUUGCUCCGAAAACAAGCCUUGCAUCUCUGGGAAGCUUCGUUUAUCACUUGCGCAAGCUAUAACCGUCAGAGGAAUAUCAGUCCAGGUGCGAGGUAUAGCCAAACUACCAUAUGACGAGGGCAUAUUUUUCCAAUCCUAUCAUGAAGAGAAUACAUUUGUCACAACGCAGCCGUUGGCGUCGUCCCAUCAACAGAACCCAUUCACCUUACCACCAGGAGACUACGAAUUUCCAUUCAGUAUUCCUCUAGACAGCAACCUGCUUGAGACCAUCACCUCUCUGGGGUCUAGCUACCGCUCCUACCAGGUACUUGCCACCAUCAAGCGCAAAUGGAACAGAAAUGUCAUUGUCUCUAAACCUAUCCGAAUCUACAAACGUUUUUCCAUUGCGGAUAGUCUCAACUGGUUAUCGGCUUUGAAUGCAAUAGACAAACAGUGGGAUAAUGUUGCACAAUAUAGCGUUUCCAUCCCCGAUGUCAAUAUCCCGUUCGGCGCAACAUUUCCCGUGAAACUUCGGCUCGCUCCAUUGUCAAAGCGUAUAAAGCUCCAAGCGUUAACGAUUGAUGUUCUUGAGCAACACGAACUCAGAAUCAAAGCGCCGGCAUCAUACUCCGCACAGUUUAACGUCCACUUUCUAUCAUCCAAACAGGAGCACGUCAUUUUCAGCGAGCGACACAACUUAGACGAUUGUACCGCCCUAGAAUCAGAGGAUUCUGACCUUGAGUGGUGUAUAACAAAAGCCAUAUCUUUGCCACAGGACCUUGAAGAGUGCACCCAAGACGUGAGCUCUAACACGAUAAAGAUCACGCAUCAUGUAGCGUUCACAGUCGAGUUACUCGGCGUGGGGGAGGGGCUAUCAAUGAUAAAAGGAACUAUUCCAUUUAAUAUUUACAUGUCACCCCAUGUAAUCAGCGAGCACGGCACUGUUCGUGGUCUUCAUAUUGAUCGAUUCCAUGAUGAUUACGUGCCUCCUCCUCCCUUGUAUAGCAAACAUCAAAACGAUAGAUUGCUACCCAUGGCGGAAGCUUUGCUGGAUAGUGACACGCUACGAUUGGAUUGCGAGCAACCGCCGGAGAACGCUUUCUUCUAUUCCCCAACACUUGACUGUGCACCCAGUUACGAAACAGUGAUUCAAAACUAA